UGAUAAACAAGAUCAAAGUAUCCAGCUGACUGUUGGCAUGGUAUCAUCGGCCUUUGGACGAGUCUCGCAGCUUCUCGCAGGGCAGUCUAGUUCCAGGUGGGGUCAGAGAGGGUCGUUUCCAGUGACUUUAUUUUCUUUUCGUUUUGCGAGUGGCCAGGGCUAAAAGGGCAGGACUUAAACUGAAAAUUAUCUGGGAGGAUUUGAUUGUUUUCGUGUUUACUUUUUUUUCUUAAUUCAAAGUCAGGUCAAAAUCGAUUUGCAGGUGGGUUGACAAAUUGCGAUGGGUUGAAGGGCAACGUGAGAACUGAGAGCAGCUGACACUAUUCUGAGCAAUGUAUGGCCUCGUGCACGACCUGCACAAAGGACAAGUGCCGACGAAGAAACACCCAGCGAAGAAGCAGAAGAAGGAACCCGCCGAGCCAUGCUGCCGCCGUCUCGGUCGAUCUCUGAAGCGCUUCGUCCUCCGCCUUCGUGCUGCGGUCCUGGUCCUCACGGCGUUUCUCGGUAUCCCUGCCUUCUACAUGACGCUUCACUUCCUCCUCGACCCGGGUUUGGCGACGCUGGCGGCUCGCUUCGAACCGGCCCUUUGUCUGGUCUCCUCCGCGACGGCCCUCGAGGGGAAGAACAACUGCACGUGGAGCUCGUGUCGCCAAGGAUGCACCGUGCAGGAGAUGUUCCAUUGCUGGAGGAUCUUUGUCCACGUUUACGAGGAAAACGCAUCGUAUGUAGGACCUUCCUUGGAUGAAAACACCACGGCGCCUCCUCAGACGGCCUCUGGUGUGCCGAAGCCGACGCUUCUUCAUCCCGAGGCAUCGGCCGAGACACCCGACGCUGAAGCUGACCGCGGAAGCAAAACCUUCUCCGAGAGGUCGGGAAAACAAGGACUCCGGACGACCAGACUCCUGAGCAGCGUCAAGGGUUGCGGUUACCAGUCGUGCGAGACGUGGGCGGCUCAGUACGCAUCCCUCGGCACGACCUUCGCCUGCAACGUCAGCAGCGACAGGACUUUCGCUGUGACGGACGCCAACCAUGCCGAGGCGGUCGUGCAAGUCGUCCUCGGGGUGUUACCGCUGAUCCUGACCGUUGCGUCGCUCCUCCUUAUGUACCUGCUCUACUGGCGCAAAGGGGCGCACGACAGGACGCUCAAGCUUUCCCUCAACCCCGAGAGUCGGAGGGCGAAGUGGGAGCAGGCGCGCGUCGAGAUCCUCAAGAACAUGGCGAGCGAGAAGGAAGCCUCGCCUCUCGAACUGGGCUUGGCCUUCUCCUCGGGCGUCAAGACUAAUCUCAAGAGCCUGAAGAACCUAGCAGGGGAGGUCCACCGUGUCUGGAAGACAAACGAGAAGAAGAAGGGGAAUGUAGGGGAAGGAAACGACCAAGCGAAGAAGGAUUGGGCGGAAGAAUGGCGAAUCUUUGCCGCUAAGGCCUCAGUGCAUCCUACUGUGUCCCCCGCACGGCAUUUCAACCAGGUCACCAUCAACAUUUCCAACAAGGCACAAAUGCCUCUGAAUGAUUGA